CAAUGACGUCAUAAGGCCCCUCUGAAGACCUGCGUGGUGUCCUUGGACCUGGUGUCCUAAUGAUGCUGGAUGAGCACAGCACAACGACCCGGAUCCCAGUGCACACUAGCUUCCUCUCUCCUCGCGACCCAAUCCGCUUACGCGCAGCCUCCGGCUCUGGUGAGCGGUCACAGCGGGAGAAAAGCCCCCGGUAACCUUUCGGUGUGGGAGUCAAACCAACAAGUUGAGCAUCUAACGGUAGCCUACAGAUCCGCUCCACGUAUCCUUGAGACAGGCCUUGCGAGGAGGAGGAGAGGGCGGCGUUCUGAACCGGGCCGCCGUCAGCUGACGGUCUGCAGACAUCUUGCCUCAGACCGGAGGAGACCGGACACACAGCAGACCCCUCUACGAAGCCGUGACUCUUCAUUAUGAUCAGCUGUGAGUGACAGGUGCCGCCAUGAUUGGAGGACUCUUCAUUUACAACCACAAGGGGGAGGUGCUGAUCUCCAGGGUUUAUCGAGAUGACAUUGGGAGGAACGCCGUGGACGCUUUCCGGGUCAACGUGAUCCACGCCCGGCAGCAGGUGCGCUCCCCCGUCACCAACAUCGCCCGCACCAGCUUCCUGCACGUGAAGCGCUCUAACAUUUGGCUCGCCGCCGCCACCAAGCAGAACGUCAACGCCACCAUGGUGUUCGAGUUCCUCUACAAGAUGUGUGACGUCAUGGCCGCCUACUUCGGCAAGAUCAGCGAGGAGAACGUGAAGAACAACUUUGUCCUGAUCUACGAGCUGCUGGACGAGAUUCUGGACUUUGGUUACCCUCAAAACUCAGAGACCGGAGCUCUGAAAACCUUCAUCACUCAGCAAGGAAUCAAGAGUCAGCACCACACCAAAGAGGAGCAGUCUCAGAUCACCAGUCAGGUCACCGGUCAGAUCGGCUGGAGACGAGAAGGAAUCAAAUACAGGCGCAACGAGCUCUUCUUGGACGUGUUGGAAAGCGUCAACCUGCUCAUGUCUCCCCAAGGUCAGGUGCUCAGCGCCCACGUCUCCGGCCGCGUGGUGAUGAAGAGCUACCUGAGCGGGAUGCCCGAGUGUAAAUUCGGCAUGAACGACAAAAUUGUCAUCGAUAAGCAGGGGAAAGGAGGCGGUUCAGAGGACGUGGCCAAGAGUGGUAAACAAUCCAUAGCCAUUGAUGACUGCACCUUCCAUCAGUGUGUUCGUCUCAGCAAGUUUGACACUGAACGCAGCAUCAGCUUCAUCCCUCCUGAUGGAGAUUACGAGCUCAUGAGGUAUCGAACCACCAAAGACAUCAUCCUGCCGUUCAGGGUCAUCCCGCUGGUCCGAGAGGUCGGGCGGACCAAACUGGAGGUCAAAGUUGUCAUUAAGUCCAACUUUAAGUCGUCUCUGCUCGCUCAGAAGAUCGAGGUGAAGAUCCCCACCCCCCUCACCACCAGCGGGGUCCAGCUCAUUUGUAUGAAGGGCAAAGCGAAAUAUAAAGCCAGCGAGAACGCCAUCGUGUGGAAGGUGAAGAGGAUGGCCGGGAUGAAGGAGUCUCAAAUCAGUGCUGAGAUCGAGCUGCUUCCCACCAACGACAAGAAGAAGUGGGCCCGCCCCCCCAUCUCCAUGAACUUUGAGGUGCCCUUUGCCCCCUCCGGUCUGAAGGUGAGGUACCUGAAGGUGUUUGAGCCCAAACUGAACUACAGUGAUCACGACGUCAUUAAAUGGGUUCGUUACAUCGGACGAAGUGGAAUCUAUGAGACCCGCUGCUGAGGAAGGACAUGACAUCAUCCUCCUCCUCCUCCUCCUCAUUGUGAAACCAGUCCUAGUUUAGAUACCCCCGGUCCUACACUUCCCAUAAUGCACCUGGAUGGAGAUCGAUAGAUAUAAACUUAAUUUACCCCCAGGGGGACAUUUGGAGUCUUUACUACAUGUGUGUGAGAUAGAUGGUGUGUUCCUUUAAGAGACAGACCAACCAAUCAGAGCAGAGUUGGAGGCUUCCGUUCUAUUGUAUUGAGCCCUUUAUGAACCCUUUACGUAAGACGUAGCCCAAAGGAAUGUCAAAAAGUUCAACAAAGAGGACAAUACACAGAAUGUAUACAUUUAGAACAUCAAGGAACACAUGACAUCACACGAUAUUUAUUCAUCAAAUAUAAAAUGUCACCAUAACAACAUCCUUUGAAAUCGGAGUAAAAAGUCUUAAUUAAAUCCCCACAUCGGUGCUAGAUAGCAGCCGUUGUCAUGGUGACGUGACAUUUGGCAUCUAAGUGCUGACCCGUCAUAUUUACAGGCCUCAGAAUCUGACUCUGCCCUCAGGGGUCAGGGGUCAGAGAAGGAGAUUGGGAUUGGGCCCGUCUGUGAUCUGUUUACCCAGCAUGCUUUGCUCUCAGUGUUUGUUGAAUUUAAUGAAUUCUCUCUGCUUUCAUUUCUAUUGAUUUUACAGUUUUUGUAUCUUGAUGUGUCAGAAAUAAAGUUAAAUCUGAAGUCA